AUGAAUGGUUUCCUCAGUAGUUCUCUCCUAACAUUAGCAGUAUUGCAAGCAAGGUGUCAACGAAUCAAGAAAAUGAUGCAUGUUUACCAUCAAAAGUGUAUUUACAAUAAACAUGCACAAACACUGUUGCACAAAUUUGAGCGUAUGACCGAUGGUGAAUAUCAUAAUAUAUUUCAAACAAUCUCUUUAUGUACCAUCGAUGUGAUAUGCGAGGCAGCCUUAGGCACUCACGUAGACGCGCAAAAUAAGCAGUCACCAUACUUGGAGGCUGUCAAAAAGAUGAAAUAUAUUGUACAUCAACGGACAAUCAAACCACAAUUCUAUCCACGGUUCCUUUUUGAUCUUUUUGGAGAAGGACAAAAUGAGAAAAAAUGUGUCAAAGAACUGCAUGAGUUCACACGAAAGGCAAUAAUGGAUCGUAAAAAACUGGCUGAUGAAGCAGGUGGUGUCGAAAAACUUCUCGCCAAAGAGGAAGAAUCAGGUAAGCGACGUAUGGCGUUGUUGGAUUUAAUGUUGGACAUGCACGCGAAAGGUGAUAUUCCCCUGGAGGGUGUUCAGGAGGAAGUGGACACGUUCACAUUCGAGGUCAUUUCAUGUUAUAAAACGUCGUUUCAUCGAAACUCUUAUAUUUGCGCUCCUCUCUCAACAGUAUUCAUGAGGAUUCGUUUCAAUUCGGGGUCAGUCUGGAGAAUGGAGAACCUAAUUGCAGGGUCAUGA